AUGGCUGCUAGAUUCACCACUGCUAGGACUGCUCCUCUAGGAGCAAGGACGUCUGCUCCACGAACCUUGACUAACGGGUUCCAGUCACGACCCUACAACAGCCAGGGCUAUCUGCAAAACGGCGGCAGCAGCUUGCCACCCGGCGCCGCCCCCCUCCUACCGAACCAAGGAAGAGUUAUUCAGACAGGCCCUAUUCGAGUUCUUUGCAUUGCUGAUGUUCGAGGAAAUCUGAGAUCCUUGAACGAACUCGCAAAGCAGGCUCGCGCCGAUCACAUCAUCCACACGGGUGAUUUCGGUUUUUAUGACGACACGUCGCUAGAACGUAUUGCCGAAAAGACCCUCAAGCAUGUCGCUCAAUAUUCUCCCCUGAUCCCCGAUCCUGUUAAGAAGGCAAUCCAACAAGGCGGAAAUGGGCCUGUCAAGACCCGGUUCCCACCCAGCGACCUCCCGCUUUCCGAGCUUCCCCUUCUGCUCAGCGGAGAGGUGAAGCUAGAUGUCCCCGUCUAUACCGUUUGGGGUGCUUGCGAAGACGUUCGAGUGUUGGAAAAGUUUCGGUCCUCCGAGUACAAGGUUCCCAACUUACAUAUCAUUGAUGAAGCUCGCUCCAUGCUUCUCGAGAUCGGUGGUGUCAAGCUCAGACUGCUGGGUCUUGGUGGUGCUGUUGUCAUGCACAAGUUAUUUGACAACGGUGAAGGCCGAACCACCAUUGCCGGUGGCCAAGGCACUAUGUGGACGACGCUGUUACAGAUGGGAGAGCUUGUUGAUACGGCACAUCGAGUCUACGAUCCUACCGAAACCCGAAUUUUUAUCACGCAUGCCUCCCCUGCCAGAGAGGGCAUAUUGAAUCAGCUCUCUGUUGCUCUGAAGGCCGAUUUUUCCGUUUCCGCUGGACUGCACUUCCGAUAUGGAAGCUCGUACAACGAAUUCAGCGUAAAUCCAACUUUGGAUCACUACCGCGGAAAACUGGCUGCAUCCAAGGCCUCCUUCAACGAUGUCUGGGAGACUGUGAAAGGUGAGGUCGAGCCAGCCAUUGCGCAGAAUGAAGCGCAGCAGAAUCUGCUCAAGAACGCGCUACAAAUUGUCGAAAAGAUGCCCACUACUGCCGCCGGUGGUAAUCCUUUUGGCGGUCCGGUGACCGGUCAGGCUGCUUUGGGCCAGGUUGAUGAGAGUGCCUUCAAGAAUAUGUGGAAUUUCAACCUUGCUGAUGCUGCAUUUGGCUAUCUAGUCUUGGAAAUUCAGGAUGGACGCAUUGGAACGGAAAUGCGCGCCCAGGGCUUCAACUUUUCCCAUCGUGGUGCCAAGCAGCAGCCAGGAGCUGCUCCCCCUACUACUGCUGCCAGCGCUCCGCCCCCCUCUGUCUCUACUGCUGCUCCUACUGUUAGCACUCCUGCUCCUCCUGUUGCUGCUGCACAACCCGCGGCCCCAGCCAGUAGACAGCCAUCAUCAACACAGCAGCCAAGGAGUGCUUCGGCAACCACUCCGGCGCCUGGCCCAGCCAAGCCUGCCACUCCUCAGCCCAGCCAGACAUCUAACAAGUCUGGCGGCAGCAAGGACAAUGAAAAGACUUCAGCCGCCCCAAAUGGAUCUGCCAACGGCCCCGAGCCCACUUCCUCUCCCGCUCCCAAGACUCUUGCUUCUGACAUCAUUGGCCUAUUCAUCAUGAACGUGAGCAGCGAGGACCAGUGCCGCGACCUAUUUGACGAGGCCGAUAAGGGCAAGAUUGUCAAGAUUGAGAAAUGGGGCAACCAGAACAAGGUUGUCCAAUUCAAGACUACCGAAGACCGAGAUGCUGCCAUGGCUCGAUUGCCUGAGGAGAUCAAGACACGCACUCAAGAAGACCGGACCCGGCCCCUUGUAAAGAUCUUCCAACACAGAGAAGGGAAGACGUUUAGUAACCGCGGUGGCGCCGGAACCUGGGGCGCCAAUGCGCGUGGAGGCGCUACAGCCAGCGGAUAUCGAAGCGCAGGCGGCAACAGCGACUCGGAGAGCAACCGACGCGGCGGACGAGGUGGCCGGGGCGGACGGGGAAGUGAUCGAGGACGUGGUGGACGUGGUCGCGGUGGCAUGAAGGGCGAAGGUGGUGCCUCAUCCCCAGCGGCGACCCCGUCAACGCCAGCGGAAUGA